AAAGAAUCAUCACUACCAUUAAGAUGGUGUCGAGUUUUAACAAUAAUUAUUUUUUCAUAUGCAUUAUGUACCUCUUUCAUAAUACUAAUUGCAAAAUUGGUUAAUGAAGUGCCUGCUAUUAAAGUAACUUAUAAAUAUAAGGAGUUUAUUCCAACACCAAAUAAUUUUAGUUAUGAUAGUAAUAGAAUAUAUCUGAAAUAUUUAAAAUCUAAUUUAUCAUUUGCUGAAGAUGUUCGCAAAAAUGUUGAACAAAUUUCUCAAACUGAUCUAA